AUGGAAGCCGCACAGAAGAAAGCCCAGCAGCUUAUUGACGACAACGCUGUCGUCGUCUUCAGCAAGUCAUACUGCCCGUACUGCCGCAAUGCGAAGCGGACGCUCGAUAGCUUUGGUGCUAAAUAUGUUCCGUAUGAGCUUGAUAUAGAGUCCGAUGGCAGCGCUGUCCAGGAUGCCCUGGAGAAGCUGACCGGCCAGCGCACUGUCCCUAACAUCUUCAUUGCGAAGGAACAUAUUGGUGGCAACUCGGAUCUCGAGGCCCGGAAGAACAAGGAUCUCUCCAAGCUCCUCACGAGCGCUGGUGCGGUUUAG